AAUUUCCCUCUACCUUUUUACCUAAAUCCCACUACGCUCCCACUACCCUGGCUAAUAGCUCUCCACCAAAUGACCCAAUUAUGCUAAAAACCUAAAUUCUUUUGCCGCUGUUUCGUUUGAAGUACGCGUAUUAUUUCAAUUGAAAAGCUUGUUUUCUAUUGAUGAAGUACGGCGGUAGUUCUUGAUGAAGUCGACGCCUGGGAUUGUUUUCUAUUGAUGAAGUACGGUGGUAGUUCUGAGAGCAAUUGAUUGAUUCCUUCAGCUAUACAAGUAAAGUGAGAAUCUCGAUUAUACCUAGCCUGCGACCCUUAAUCUUUCAUCGUUUCUUUUAUGGACUUUCAAAUUGUUUGUUUAAUUGAAAUCAUAUGGAUGGCUACCCUGUUUAUAGUUGCUAAAUAAAAGACACAUCUUCUUGAUUUAGUAUAUGUAUAUCACCAUAUGUAUAUAUUUGUCCAUAUUCUAAGGCGAGAUUACCACUUGAUUUCUGUCAAUACCAGCACAAAAUGGUAUGAGAGUGAUCCUUACAUUCUUGCUACAAUGGCAAAACAAGUGUUUUAUGUAGAUGAUCCCAAAGCAGGUGGUAGUUGGAAAGUAGUUCAUAAAGUUGAUCAUCGAAAUAUAUACGAUAUACCACAGAUGGAGAUCGAUGCAGAAGGGGAUAAUGUAUACGAUGACGUUGCUUACCAAGAGUAUACAUCUGAUAUGCCUAAUGUGCAUGGUGAUAGAAAUUAUGAUGUUAUUCAAGCACUUCUUACCGUAUAAGACGUUCCUCCUAUUUUGAUUGACCCGGAAAUCAUUACUCAACAAUCAACAAUAAAGAAUUCAAAUGGAGGAAGAGGAAGAAAAGGAGGAGGAGGGGGACUGGGAGGGGGAGGGAGAAAGGGAAGGAGAAAGGGAGGAGGAGGAGAGGAGGAGGAGGAGGAGGAGGAGGAGGAGGAGGAAGAAGACGAAGAAGAAGAAGAAGAAUUUAACGAUGAUGAGGAUGAUUGAGUUGAUGAAGAAUGAAUGACUGGGACAGCUAGAUAUGUAAACAUUUAUAUUAUUACUUUAAGACCACUUGUUUCUUAUAGAUGAAUCAGCUUAAGAAGAGAACACGCAGUACUGGUGCACUUCUUACUCCAGCUACAAAGAUGCCUCGCCAAACAGAUACCCCUUUACCUUCAUUUCCUCAAACAUCAAAGGCAAACACCAUAUCUACUAAUAAGUUCAUAGCCCCACUUUCUUUGAAUCGAAAUAAACAAGUGAACAGGUGCAUGGCUCCUUUGCCUCAUUUUCCUCAAACUCCAAAGGCAUCUCAUGUUUCUCAACGAACUGUUACUCGAUCAGCUGCUGCAACAGUUAAGAAUACACAUAGGGAAACUAUAUCAACUAAUCCGCCUUCCUCACGUGCUCAAUGGGAUCCUUUCAGUAAGAUUCCAAAUAAGCCACUUUCACAGCCUACAAGCGUUGUGCAUCAUCAGCAUAACUGUGAUAGAAAUGAAUCAGCUGAUACUACUGCUCCUAUCUCUGAAGCUACAACAUGUUUAUCUAAGGUAAGGGCUCAAUGUAGUCCUCACAAUGAUAAUCCAAAAUAUCCACAUUCACAAUCAAUGAGUGCUGUACGUCGUCAUCAAAGUCGUGAAAAAAGCAUAUCAUCAGGUCCUUUAGGAGUGAAUGGCUUGCACGAGAUGGAAGAAAAUCAUACUUGCAACGGACCAAAGAUGAUAAGAAUACUCGAGGGCCUUGUAAACAAGUUAAGACAUCUUACAUUGUGCGAACUACGAAACGGAAAAUUCAAGUUUCUCUCAAUAGAGUAACUAGAAGAGCUACAGACCCUAAGGUACACAGUUUAUUGGCUCAUGAUGUCAGAGCCAUCGUUAGGUCCCAUUGUCCAAUGAAUACAGGCUACUGGUCAACUAUUCCUCUCACUCAAAAGACAGACCUAAUGGAUGAGAUCACUGUUAAUUAUGAGCUUGAUCUGGAAGAGUCAGAAAUGAAAGAAUAUAUUGAAAGACUCUUCAAUGGGAGGUAUAGGGAGUUUAAAGGCGAGCUGAGUUCGUAUUAUAAGUCAUGUGAAACGCAUACAUUUGCAUUGGCUAAUAUGCCUAAAGAGAUGGAUGAUAGAGAUGUGGACCAAUGACGUGAUUUAUGUAACCAUUUCAACUCUGAUAAGUUCAAGAAUUCUUCAUCAUCUAACACAAUAAAUCGUUCAAAAAAGCAGCAUAAUCAUCGCACCGGUUCACGUCCUCUCUCAUAUAUAGUUGGGGAAAUGGCUGCGGAUGGCUCAUGGUUUCCAGAAAUUGAUGCUUUCGAGUACACUUAUGGGGGAAAGGACAACUCCUGGCCUGAUAGCACUGCAAAAGCACAACAUGAUGAAAUGGUUGCUAAAAGUAAUGACUACCUUAAGGGAAAGGCAAAAGAGCAACAACUCCCCGAUGACACUCCUUUGGAAGAGAUACGUGUGGAUGAUGAAGAUGUUGGGUUAAAUAUUAUGACAUCUGUUCUUGGUACAAUACCAGGACGUCGCCUUCGUGGUAUGGGAGAUGGCCGUCUUCGUGAAGUUGGUCAAUCUUCUACCAAAAUCCGGCAAUUGUCAGAUGAGUUGGAACGUGAACGUGCAGCUCGAAAAGCUUCUCAUAUGGCUCGAAUCGAGGCAGAGGAGAUGAUGCAAAGAAAAUUGAAGAAAGUUGAGUGUAACUUCAAUAGUACUUUGAUGUCUUGGCAUAACUCUUUGGAAAAAUUAUGCAAUCAAGUUCCUGGUAUUGUUCUUCCCUCAUUUGUACCGGUUUCAAUAGAUGAUGGCAGUGAAGAUGAGGAUGAUACUUUUGAUAAUGAAGGAGAGUUUGACGAGGCAAAUUGUGGAGCUGAUUAGAGAUUAUGAUAUGACAAUUAUUUGUUUUCAAAUACUUUAUUUUGUUUUUCUUAUUUUAUCAUAGGGAUAAGGGUUAGUUUGGUCCUCGAAGUUGCAAAAAAGGUGUCAAAUAAGUCCUUAUAUAGAAGAUUCUGUUCGGACGUGCCAUUUGAGGUGGCUCCCAGUAGAAUUUUUUGAUGAAAUUUUUUGAGCAUUUUAUUCAUUAAGUCUAGUUUACUCAUACUAAAUUUCAGAUUAAAAUUCAAUCGGGAAGACAUUCAAAUGAAUUCUUGAAGAUAACUGUGCCGUUAAAAGCGCUGUUAUCUUCAAGAAUUCAUUUGAAUGUCUUCCCGAUUGAAUUUUUAGCUGAAAUUUGGUAUGAGUAAACUAGACUUAAUGAAUAAGAUGCUCAAAAAAAUUUAUCACAAAAUUCCACCGGGAGCCACCUCAAAUGGCACGUCCAGACAGAAUCUUCUAUAUAAGGACUUAUUUGACGCCUUUUUUGCAACUUCGAGGACCAAACUGACCCUUUACUCUUUUAUCAUAUGAUAUGUAAGAUAUUAUCUUUCAGCAUUUCCCUUUGAUAUUAUGCAAACCAUCAUUUACUACGAUAAUCAAGUUUAAUCUACAAAUACUCGUAUUACUUAUUCAAUGUUCUGUUGAGACAAGUAUUU